AUGCGUCGGGUCCAUCCGCCAAAGAACGAAUAUCUAGUUGGCCUCGUGGACAUCGGAAGCAACGGGAUCCGGUUCUCGAUUUCGGACCUGUCCCCUCCGACAACUAGAAUAUUGCCAACGAUACACAAGGACCGCUCGGGCAUUUCGCUGUACGACGCACAGUUCGACCCAGAUACUGGAGAGAGAAUCCCCAUCCCGCUUCGCGUCAUUAAAAAUGUCACCGCGGAACUGGAACGAUUCAGUCUCGUGUGCCACGAGUUUGGCGUCCCAAAGAGCAACAUCUCUGUUGUCGCAACAGAAGCAACUCGGACAGCCCUCAAUUCUCAACAACUGAGAGAUCAUAUCAAGGUGAAAUCAGGGCUGGUAGUUCAAUUGCUAAGUAAGGAAGAAGAAGGCAAUGUUGGUGCCAUGGGUAUUGUGAGUAGCCUGCCGAGUGUCAAGGGACUUGUGAUGGACUUGGGAGGCGGCAGUGCCCAACUGACCUGGAUCAUCUCGGAAGACGGCAUGGUCAGGACGAGUCCCAAGGUCGCGGUGUCAUUCCCUUAUGGUGCCGCGGCUGUCUCAAAGAGGCUGGAAGAGUGUAAGGAGGCCCACGACCCAGAGAAGGCUCGAGACGAAUUCAGACAGGAGAUCAGUGGAAAAUUCCGGGAAGCAUUGGACACCUUGGAAAUUCCGCCAGAGCUUACAGAUCGAGCUCGCAGAGAAGGGGGUUGGCAUCUAUAUUUAUCAGGUGGCGGAUUUAGAGGAUGGGGUUAUCUACUUCUACACGAGUCACAGAAGCACGGCCAACACUAUCCAAUCUCCAUCAUCAAUGGCUUCAAGGUCUUCAACGAGGAGCUGACGAAUACCGAAAGACUCAAGGAAGUCGCUAAGAAUGCGGAGAAGAUCUUCCGAGUCUCAGACCGCCGCAGAUAUCAGGUUCCUGCGGUCGCCUUUCUGAUCAAUGUCUUGUCUAACACCUUGCCACUUGGUGGUCCGUUGGUCGCUCGUUUCUGUCAAGGAGGAGUGCGGGAAGGGAUGCUCUUCCGGGACUUACCAAGAUCGAUACGAGCUCAGGAUCCUAUCGCCGUCGCUUCAGCUCCCUUUGCCCGGCCAUCUGCUGGCGAGUUUAAGACAUUGCUGCUUGGUGCUUUGCCACCACCAGCUUUUGGCAUGGUCCGCCCCGAGACGAUUACAACCCACAUUAUCGAAGGUCUGGCGAAUCUUUGUUUCCAACAUUGCACGUUGAGCAAGGAACUGGCCUCGUUCUCAGCUCUUUACUGUACGAUCAGUGGUGUUCUAGCCCCUGCGCAUGGCUUAUCUCACUCAGCACGAGCAAAGAUUGCCUUGAUGCUAGAAAGUCGGUACGAUGGCGAACUUCCUCCACGAGAGGAGCAGUACAAACACCUCCUUGAGGAUAUUCUAACCCCGGAGGAAGUUUGGUGGUGUAGAUAUGCUGGCAAUGUUGCCUGGUUGAUUGGACAAAUCUACCCAACAGGAGUCAUCGGCUCAAAGACAAAUCUGUGGCUUUCUGCGCGUUUUGUGCACAACCUUGGCAAGUCAGGAAAGAAGAAGGGAGUCGAACUCACGGUCUCGAUACCUAGAUCGAUCAGUCAGAUGGCGCUGUCUGGUGAUCCGGAUGAUGAUGAAGACGAGGACGAGAAUCCGAUAGUUGGCAAGAUGCGCAUCGAGGGAUACGCAAAAAGGGUCGCCAAGGUCGGCAAGAGGAAGCGUUGGGUCGGAGGAAGAGAAGGCUGGGGCAUGAAGGUAAAAGUGAUUGUUGCUGAGCAGCUGUCAAUGGAAUGA